AUGUUUCGCACUUGUCGUUUGUUAAGUAAACCUGUGAUUCCUCUUAGCAAUAUACUGAUUCGUAAAUAUGCGAGUGUCUCUGCAUCGCCUGUUGUAGUCUCAAAGUCUCAAUCAGGAAUUACAGUUGUUUCAGUUGAAGAGGGUGCUCCUGCGUCCUCUGUCGCCGUCAUAGUUAAGGCAGGUCCUCGAGCAGAGAAUGCAAAUAGUGUUGGGGCAGCCCAUUUCUUGAAAAAUUUUGCAUUUAAGGAAACCCAAAAACGUACUUCGUUUCGCACUAUACGUGAAGCAGAACUGCUUGGUGGCGUCUUAUCAGCAAAUUUAACUCGAGAAACUUUAAUUUAUUCAGCAGAAUUUUUGCGGGAAGAUCUGUCACUUAAAUAUUUAUAUUUAUCGCUUCCAUUUUACGAUAUUUUACCUAAUGCAGAACCUUUACCUGAAGUAAUUGCAUUGAAUGCUGCUCAUUCAGUUGCAUUCCGUCAUGGUCUUGGAAAUUCUUUAUAUGCAAAUGAAAGUACAAAAGUGACAUAUAUUCAAGAUGUUAUUGAAUAUGCCAAAAAAGUAUAUACCGCACCAAAUAUUACAAUUGUGGGUACUUCCGUGGACCACAAAGAAUUAUUAAGGUUGACAAAUGAACUAUUUCAAAAUAUUAGUCACUCUGUUCCUUCUACCCCAAUUCCUUCUAAAUAUUAUGGUGGAGAAGAAAGGAUUCCUGCUAAAGGCACUAGUCAUUAUGUACUUGCUUUUGCGGGUGCACCUGCAAAUACUCCUGACUUUUUAGUGUUACAAGUUUUACGUUCUUUGUUAGAUGGCGAAAAACAUACCCGAUGGGGUGAAGGGGUUAAUAUUUUAGCAAAUAAAUUUAAGGACACUAAAAUUAGUACUUUCAAUAUUGGAUACUCGGAUGCUGGCCUUUUCGGUAUAUAUUUUUCGGGCGUACCUACUUCCAUAUAUCAAGCUGCAAGAAUGGCUGUAGAACAAUUGAAACAUGCCGUUAAAAAUGUUUCUGAAGAAGAUUUUAGUCGAGCUUUAGCUAAAGCAAGAUAUAAUAUUGCAUCUGCAUAUGAAGAACGUGCAUCCAAAACUGAAAUUUUUGGUAAUCAGAUUUUAUCAACUGGAAAAGUUAUCCCCGUAGAAGAAGCUAUAGUUCAACUUGAUCAAAUUAAAGUACAAGACUUACAAAAUAUCGCCACAAAAAUUCUCCAAAGUAAACCCACAACAGUUGCACUUGAAAAAGAACUUUCGCCACCACCCUUACAAAGAAGAAGUACCGGAAAUUCUCCAAUGAAUUCUAAUAAUAUUGAAAAUACAGUAACUCAACUAUUAUUCACGACUAAAUCUUUACUGGAAGCAUUAACUUCAUGGUCUUUAGGUCGCAUGAAUGAGCAACAAGUUUCUGAUAUUUAUGUUCAGCUUGGUAGUGAAUUAAAUGUUGUUGUAAAUUUAUUUAAUCAAUCGGGAGUGGAUAUGAGUAAUAUUGCGAUUAUUCCUCAAGAAUUAAGAGUGUGUCUUGAAAAGACUUUGACCGAAGAGGCUUCACCAGCAACAUUGGAGCAACACCUUCCUAGUAUCAAGGAAAUUAUUGUAUCUUUAUUACAAGGCUUGAAGGCGAAACAAGUUAUUUAUCGUCAAAUAACGAAUUCUGAAUCUUCAGAAUUGACAAAUUAUUCUAAUACUAAUGUCAAAAUAAAUCCGAGUGAUCCUAUGGUGGAUGCUUUAAAACGCGUUAAUCUUCUAGAACGUAAAGCGUCUAAGCGACAUUCAGUUUACACAAUGCAAAGGGGAACCGGUAGAAGGAAUAUUACACGUAGAAAUCGAGAAGGGUUAAUUCCUCCCCAAAAUGAUAUACAAGAGGAGGAAGAUUUUGAGAAUAAUGUGGAAAAUGAUAAAGAAGCAGUUGAUUUAAAUCAUGGGAUGUCAAAUGAAGUUGAUGAUACUACAACUAAUGAUCAAGAAUCACGGGAAAAUAAUCCUUUAACUUUAUAUCUCCAACUGGGAAAAGAUGUCAAGAAAAUAAAAUACGAUGGAGAUAUAAGUAUUCCCGCAUUAAGAAUGUUGUUUAUCGAGAAAUUUCAGUAUAAUCCUGGGCUGGAUGAUUUUCCAAAUAUAUAUAUUAAGGAUCCCAAGAUCGGAAUAUUAUACGAAUUAGAAGAUCUUGGGGAAGUUAAAAAUAAUUCUAUUUUAUCUUUAAAUGUCAAAGUUUUAGAACAAGUUAAAAAGCAUAUUGAUCAAAGUAUGGCCGAGUUAACAAAGGAGAUACGUGAUAUUAAAAAGUCAAUUACUGAAAAUGAAUCAAAAAUUCGGAAUAUUUCCACUCCUCCUACACCAAGCGCAACGCAAUUUAGAGUUUUGGCAAAAAAAGUGAUUUCAAAUGUGAAGGAUCAAAAAGAAGAAAAAGGAAGUAACAAAGAUGCAUUAGUAAUUAAGAUUGCUAAUGAGCUCAAGGAUCAAUUUGUUGAAGUUCAGAAUCUUAGAAGAGAUUUAGGAAUAAUGCGACAAUAUUAUACUGGAUUUCAGGAAGAAACAAAUCAAUUGAUUAAAUCAUUAACCACAAAAGCCGAAAAUGUAAAACUUGUAUUAAAGAAUGUCAGUUCGGAACGGAAAUUUAUUGAUGAUGGUAAAGCAAAAUUGGAUGCUCGAACGAGUAACUUAAUGACAAAAGUUGAUGACCUUCAGGAUAUUAUAGAUGAACUUAAAGCAGAUGUUGUAAAAAGAAGAGCAAAGCCAAGGGAGACAUCAGUUCAACUUGUAAAAAAAGAGUCAGGAGAAAUUGAGAAAGAAUUAGAAUCUUUGCACAAAUACGUUAAAACUGUCAAACCAAUGUGGAAAAAGACAUGGGAAGAAGAAUUACAGAUGAUAGUUGAUGAGCAACAAUUUUUAAGUCAUCAAGAAGAACUUAUUGAAGAUUUAACGGAUGAUAACAAAAAAUUAACCCAAGUAUUUAACAAAGUUCUUGAAGUGGGUGAAGUUCGAUUUAAAUCUAAACCCAAAGAAUAUUUUGUAAAAGAAAAAGAAGAAGGUUUUGAAGGGUUAAAGACCGUUCUCCUAGAAGUUAAGGGGAUUGCACCAGAUCAUGAAAGAAGAUUAAAAGCUUUAGAACAAUCUCAAAAGGCGCGAGAACGUGAAUUAGCUAAUCGUAUCGAUGAAUUCGAAGCUGAAUUGACUGAUUUCGUUACUCAUAGCAAGUUGAAAAAAACAGGAGGAGCACAAGAGGUUGAAAGAUUACGCCAAAAGAAAAACGAAGAUGUGCUAAAAGAACUAUUCAAAUCAAACUCGGAAAACAAAACAUCUUAA